UCAAACCAAACUGAGCUGGAAACUACAGUUCUUAAGGGUGCUUAAAGCUCCAUGGAAAGUUCAACGAGAAGCGAGUCGUAAAAAUUUUCUACAAAUCAUUCCCAAAUCAUAAACAAGUGCGUUCGAUUAUAUUAAUAAAAGGAAAAGUAAUAAACGCGAGUGGAGUGUGUGCAAUAAUAUAAUAAUAGUAUUAAUCAUAAAUCGCCAUUCAGUUGGAUGUUCAGUGUUCUUGAGACAUGCAAAAGUAGUAGCCAGUGGAGUGUUAAAAAUUGUACAACAAUAAAAGCAACACAGCACUUGCGAAACACAAAUUUUUUGCGAGUGCGCUUUAUUUUGGUUGUUGCUAUUUUUGCCGCCGACCAACGACGCCGCCGCCGCCUCAACAAAAGAACUUUGAUAACCCACGAUUGUAACGAAUGAUUUGCAUGAAUUUGGAGGCAAAUUUGGAGCUGAAAGGAUUAAGCAGUCGCAUACUUUAUGAGCCCAGUGAUCCUACAAGGAAUAAUGCUCAGGCUUUGGCUGGUCCAUAUAAUAACGAUAUGUGUGCUAUUAACUAAUGUUAAGUCUGGUGUGCCUAUUGGAACCGGCGGACCAUCAAUUAUUUUGGAGAGCAAAGAUGCUUUAUUAACCUGCGUAGUGUCCGAUAAUUCCUCAAAUAACACAGUAAUAUGGAAAAAGGGUGACGAGAUCCUUACCGCGGGCACAGUCCGGGUUACAAAGGAUCAUCGGGUGCGAAUUCUCCACGAUGAAAAUCCCAAGGGAAAGAAUCUGGAGACGGGCGGUGAGGUGUGGGUGCUUUUGAUUAAAACCCUCAAGCCCAGCGAUUCGGGGGCGUAUAUAUGCGAGCUUAACUCUGAUCCUGUGCUGCGCAGCAUACACAUACUGACAGUCAAGGAGCUGCACUCGUCAACGGGUGGUCCGAGCAAUUCCACGGACACCUCCACCGCGGAAUCGAGUGAUGUGUUCCUGCUGCCACCGCCGCUGGACGCGCAGGACAAUCGCAGCUUCUGGCGGCCAAGUCAAGUGCCGCCGCUGGUCACUCACGAUUUCACGGAAUGCUGCGAGCGGGCCAAUGUUUCGGCCCAGUGCAUGGGCUUCUGCAACGUGCACAAUAUCCUGGACGGGACCACUGGCGUCGAUCCCGAGGCCUGCGAACGGGACUUCCCCGGCAUUGUGCGUUGCAUGGCCGAUGGCCGCAAUCAUGUGCCCUGCUGUGUGGAGAAGCAGAUUCCGGAUUUGUGCCAGGACAUGUGUCGCGGCGAGUACACUCCGUUCACGGACAAACUGAAGACGCGCGUCUCCUGUGUCCAGCACACGCUGAGCGGUCUGCAGUGCAUCCUGAAGGGUGUCCAGCUGAUACCCAGUUCGCCCACCUUCCUCACCAUCGAGAAUGUGAGCGAGACGAGCGUGAGUGUGGGCUGGACGGCUCCGGAGAAGCUGGCCGAGCGUGUCUCCGGCUACACCAUCAACGUGACCAAGUUGCACAGCUUCGAUGAGGAUGAGCUGAGUGGUGAGAUCAUUCACCGAACGGCAGCCGAUACCGCCGAGUCUGUGGAGCUUCACACUGUUCCCGCGAAUCAAACGCAGUUGGUUUUGAGUAACCUAACACCGCUGGCUAUGUACGCUGUCAUUGUUACGGCCACGAAUGAGUAUGGAACGAGUUUGCCCAGCGAAAGGUUGAGAUUCUUUACACAUACCAGUGCCUCGGCGGCGGAAUCAAGAGCUGGAACCACGGACAAGCAGGCGAUGCCCCAAAUACCAGACACUCGGCAGUGUUGCGAGGAUAAUGGUAUGACCCAUCGGAUGUGUCUGGAUAAAAUGUGUGAUCCACAAAAGACCGAUCAGGCCACGUUGCCUGAUUUUAUGGUGUGUGCUCCAUGGUCGAAUAUUACCUUCAAUUGUUUGGCCAACAAUAUUGAUCAUACGCCCUGUUGUCGAGCGAGAGGAAUACCUUCGGCCUGCUUUCCACUGUGUGCUGGCAAGCUGCAAUCGUUGGACUUUAGUUUGUUCAAAUGCCUGCGCUUCAUGCCCGAGUACAACAGCUGUCUGUUCCAGGGAUACGGAGUUCUGGCCGAUCCGCCAUCCAAGCUCCGGACGGUGGCCAAGACGGACAGCUUUGUGAUUCUGGACUGGAACAAGCCGAAGCGUCUGGCCGACACCGUCAGCACAUAUCACGUCAAGUUCCGACGUUUGGGCGUUGGCGAUGACUAUCUGAGCGUGGAGAAGCGCCAGCCACCGCUGAUUCUCGAGGGUCUCGAGGCGGACAUCUACUACGAGUUCUACGUGGUCUCUGUGAAUGCGUACGGGAAAAGUGAGGCUUCGCCGCGCCUCAUCACCCGCACCCUGCCAGCGGAACCGGUCCAGCCAAUGGCCUCCAGAUACAACAUGACAACCUGCUGCCAGGCCUCCGGAUUGCUGCCCCAAUGUGCUCCUCUCUGCUCCUACAACAUCCGCCUGUCCGAUAUCGAGCGGUUGGGUCCAGCCUGUCGAGCCCAAAUGCCAAUCCUGGCCAGAUGUGCUGCCGGGGGACGUGAUCAUAGUCCGUGCUGCAGUCGCCGCGGCGUCAUUAACGCCUGCAUGCCCCUCUGCCGUGGCGUAAUGCCCCUCGCCCUGACCACCAAAUCGGCAACGGGAGCAUCAUCGGGAGCAACAUCUGCGGCAACGCCAUCCUCAUCAUUGUCCUCAUCGUCAUCGUCGUCGUCGAGCAAUGUGCCCGAUUGUUUAUCAUAUGCCGGCAACAUUCUGCAGUGCUUCGAAGAAGGCACACAGAAUAUACCAGGACCACCGGAAGAUGUGCAUGCGACAUUUGUGAACCAGAGCAGCAUCAGCUUGGUCUGGACCCAACCGGAUGCGGAUGGUGCUGGUGCUGGUUCGGGUAACAGUAGUGGUGGUUCAGGUGCUGUUGCAACUGGAAAUGCAUCGCCAGGUGACAUGAUAACCGGCGAUGAACUGGCAGCCGGUGCCGUGGAUUCAACAAAUGGGAAUCCGGCCGUCGCUGGAAGGGAUAUGCCAUCGUCGUCGUCGGUGGAUGCCACAAGUGGAACGACAACUGGAACGGAGGAUAUUGAAUUCAUCGUACAAUAUGGCAAAGUCAAUAACAUGACCAUGUACGAGACAGUUGCCAAAUUGGAAAAUGAAUUGACCACCAAUGAGACGAGUAUCGAUUUGACGAAUUUGGAUGCGAAUGCCUUGUACCGCAUUACGGUUGUGACGCGGGGCAAAUUUGGCACAUCGCUGCCGGCAUCGAUGCUGCUGCUAAACACCACGGACCAGCAUCGGACCACCGAAGGAGAGGGUGUGACCUGGGGUGCCCCAUCGCCACCACACUCGCUGACAGUGGUGGCACACAGUGCCACCUGGAUGCAGCUCACUUGGCAGCCGCCCGAGUAUGCCCAUCCCCAUGAGAGGAUUACCUACAGGUGA